AUGUAUGAGGGCGUGAAGAUCGAUAUGAAAAGUGUAGGAAACAUGAAUGAUGAUGAACUUGAGAUGUUACUGGGCGAGAUCCCUCAUGCAACAUCAUCAUCGAAUCUUCAUCAUACACAUAGCAAUGUCCAUCAUCAUAGUCUUGUUGAUCAUACAUCACACAUGACACAGAAAAUGAAUGUUCAUGGUAUAUAUGAUGAUGAACUGUUGAGGCAUAAAUAUGCAUGUGCAUCUUCCCCUGCCAGUGGGUUCUCAUUACAAUCUGACGGCUCUUCCUCAAGCUUGUUCUCUGGUGGGCGUUCGUUUUCUGACAAUGGAUCGCCAACUACACCCCAAUUUGGAGAACUGAAGCCCCACCUGGUUUCUGGCAGUGGAUUCUGGUUAGAUUUCAACAAGGCGAAUAAAGUUAAUACAGUUGAUGGAUGGAGUUUAUCGAGCAAUUUUAGUAAAAUGUACAUUAGUAAUGAGCAAGAAGAUGGUUCAGUGUCCCCAAUUGGUUUUCAAUCUCGUGAUCAGUCUGUGGAUGGGUUUAAUGCCUAUAGAAGGGACUUUUCGGAAUAUAGAGGAUUUAAUGCCUCUGUUCCAAGAAAUCCUAAGAAUUUUGAUGGUGAGAUGGUAUCUUCAUUGAUGGCAAUGCCGCCUGUCUUUAAAAUGGAUAAUUUAUUUGGAUCCCGGUAUUCUCCUGGUGCAUCUGAAGGAUUAUUUGCUCAAACAGAUUGUAGUAAUUCAAGUCCUCAAUUUUAUAAUAAUGCACAGGCUGGAAAUUAUUUUCCGAUGGGAAUUUCAACAUCAAAGCCAUCUUCCACUUUAAAAAGGCCUUCAUUUGUUGAUUCUUCGUAUUAUGCUUCACAAAAUGGGACGAAUCUGAUCCAAGACAGAGAUCAAUUUCAUUCACCCUACAUGCUUCAAUUGGCUCAGCUAACUCCUCAAUUUAAUGUGGAAAAUUUACUCCAUUGUCAGCAACCCAUGCCUAAUGGAAGAAAUAGAUUACCUUCAUGUGUUAGAGUGCCUCAAGGGGGUGUUGAAGUCUUUGCCGGAGAGGACAGUUUAAUCCUUCAAGGGGACGGUUUAAAUAAUGCAAUUAACAUAGGAUGUGGUCGUCCCAAAGUACAAAAUACUAUGGGUUUCAUGCAUGGGAGUGGCACCGGUAAGGCUCGAGAAAUCGCUGGUGUUCAAGAAAGUGGCUUGACUGCAAAAAUACAUUGCCCCUUCUCCUUUCCAUCAAAGUGUUGCUCUCUGACAGAAGCUCAAGGACAUAUAUAUCACAUAGCGAAAGAUCAGCAUGGUUGCCGAUUUUUGCAACGGAUAUUUGAUGAAGGGACUCCUCGAGAUGUACAGAUAAUAUUUAGUGAGAUAGUUGAUCAUGCAGCUGAACUCAUGACAAAUCCAUUUGGGAAUUACCUUAUGCAAAAACUGUUGGAUGUGUGCAAUGAAGAACAAAGUACUCAGAUUCUUCUUAGGGUGACAGAGGUACCAGGGGAUCUUGUUAGGAUCUCUCUGAAUACACAUGGCACUCGAGUGGUCCAAAAGUUGAUUGAGACACUCAAAACAAGGCAACAAAUUUCGCUAGUUAUUUCAGCCCUUGAGCCAGGCUUUCUUGUCCUCAUUAAAGACCUAAAUGGUAAUCAUGUUGUUCAGCGAUGCUUGCAAUGUUUUACCAAUGACGAUAGCAAGUUCAUUUUUGUUGCUGCUGCAAAGUACUGUGUUGAUAUUGCAACACAUCAACAUGGAUGCUGUGUUCUGCAACGCUGCAUCAGCCAUUCAACUGGAGAACAUUGGGAGAACUUGGUUACAGAAAUUUCUGCAAAUGGGCUUCUACUUGCUCAAGAUGCAUAUGGAAAUUAUGUUGUUCAAUUUAUUUUGGAGCUCAAGAUCCCAUCUGUCACAUCCAAAUUGACAUCUCAGUUUGAGGGUAACUAUGUACAUCUCUCUACCCAAAAAUUUAGUAGCCAUGUCGUUGAGAAAUGUCUUGUGGUAUGUAAUGGUGAAUACCGGUCAAAGAUCAUCCAUGAAUUGCUCACUGCAACUUAUUUUGAGCAGUUGCUUCAUGAUCCACAUGCAAAUUAUGUUGUUCAAACAGCUCUCCAGGUUUCUGAGGGUCCGCUUCAUAAUUCUUUGGUUGAUGCAAUUGAGUCUCACAAGGCAAUUUCAGGUCACAGUCCCUAUUCCAAGAGGAUUUUCUCUCACAAGCUUUUGAAGAAGUGA